UUUUCACUUUGACUAGGUACUGCACUGAGCUGUGGAUGGACCGUAGCGUAGCGUUAAUAAAUUGUGUUAAAUAACAACGCACAUCUUAAUCUAUUUCUGCUCAUGCUUAAGAAUCUGUAAAAACUAUAUAAAUAUCAUGAGCAAUCUAAGGCAUUUGGUAAUGCAAAGUUUUAAAAAAAUACACAGAACUAGAUUGAAAGUAUUUAAGGGUGAUAUAAAGGCAUUAACUGCAGCCAGGCACAAGAUUAAUGAAGAGUACAAAAAAAACAAACAUGUAUCUGAUGCAGGGUCUAUACAAGCUAUGAUAGAGUUCAGUGAGGGUGUAGAGAGAGAGCUGCGAACAUGUGUUAUACAGGCUCGAGAACUCAAACCCGGAGUAUUUGAAGCUAAAAUUACACAAGACACAGUGAAGCUAGACAACAUCCCAUAUAAUGAUGCUGCUGUUAUAGAGGAGGGUGCCGAUGCUGGGCCGGCACGGCCGUGCUGUCAGGAACAACCUCAAAACAAAUAAUGUAGAAUAAAUGUAGUAAUUCUCGUCAGUGUAUUAGUAGUAGGUAGGUACCUACUUAGUUUAGUUCUUACGUAGUAAGUUAAUUACUUUGUGAUUUUUUUUAUAAUAUAAUAAUGGUGCUGACUCCAGUACAGACUAUCUAAUUUUA